AUGACGACGAUCGGAUCGACGCCAUUCCAGAGCAUCGAAAGCACCGGCGCCGACGUCGCAACCGAGCUUCUUGCCGACGAGCGCGGGCCACUCACCUACCUGUUUGACUGGUUCAUAAAGGCCUUGCGCGACGCCGACUCUGCUUGUGCCAAGCAAGGGAUCUUCGGUCUUGGCCUCCUCCUCCCACUUCCCGCCCUCCUCCCUGCCUUGUGCAUAAGCUUCAAGGUGGACGGCAAGAUUACUUGGCAGUGGCGCACGAUCUUUGCGCUUGUGUGGCUCGUGGACGCCGCAUGCCUCGUCUACUGCAUUCGAGCUAUUCCCAGCUGGCCGAGCGCUACGAAGGCAACGCUCUCGCGAACCAUAGCCCACUUGGCCAUCUACAUUGGCAUCACGAUGCACCACGCCUUCAUCGCGCUACAGCUCGAUGGUCAGAUUACGUUGUUGUUGAAGUGGAUUACGUGGGGGUGGAUCUGGGUCUUCUUCCCGUUCGUCGUCACAACAUUGCCCGAGCACGCAACCCUGUUAACAAUCGUUGCGUGGGCUCAAAUGGUGCUUCUCGCCCCGCGCCUGGACGGCGCAGUCCUCUGGUCUUGGCCCGUUGUCAUUUUGCCCCUGGAGCUCUACGCGAUGGGCAGCCUCGUCUCCCGCGUGUACUACACGCUAUGCAGUACCGAGCGUCCACCGCGGGCGGUGGCGGUGGCGUCACUGAUAGCUUGUACGCUGUUGCUUGUGGCGCCACUUGGCCUGCUUCUGGCACGGCUCGAGGGAUGUGAGUUUCCGACCAGCCGCAUUCUGGUGCCGUGGUUUCUUCUCUAUGGCUUUCUAAUGCUUUGGGGCUUUGUCGUCGCGCUGCACAAGGAUGCAGACAAUUUGUAUCGUGUCGUUUUCGCAGCACGUGGCAUGCACGCAGCGUAA